UACUCCGCCCAGCCUCACAACAACACCCGGUUGCCCUGACGCUCCCGUUGUUCCAUUGGCGGAUAUUCCAGAUUUCCCUCUUUCCCAUUGGCUCUCCGCCUGGCAUUCGGCGGCUUCGUCUGAAUGACGUCACCAGUGCGGAAGAGGGCGCUGCUGGAGCGAUGAAGACCGAGAACCCCCUGCUGAGGGGCCCGGAUAUGCUGCGGGGCCCCUCCUUGGCCAAUCGGCACCUCUCGGGUCCACCCCUCCAGCCGCUGACCACCCAGAACCCGGCCACCUCCGCUGACCACCUCCUGUCCUGCGGCAUCCAGUUGGGGAACCGACUCCUCGACAGCCGGACACGGGCAACCGGGCCUCCCACUGCCCCCACCGUACCCCUCUGCUUUAGCCGCUCCCUCUGCCCCCGGCUGCCCUCUGCGCUCGGCCCCUCGACCUCUGCUCCAGCAGGGGACAAGGCAAGGCAGAGGGGAGAGAAGAGCCAAACGGGUGUGGAGACUCAGUUGGAACGACUGGAUGACGAGUGGCAAUGGGACCCCAUGGAGUCGUCUCUGCACAUGCCCAGCUAUGACCUGUCUGCGCAAGGCUGUGAGGAUCUGGCGGACGCGCAGACUGCCUCCGAGGCCGAGGAGCUCGGUGAUGUUCCGGGGCACUCGGCAGACCGGGAUGCCAGACUGCGAGAGAAGAAGGACACUUUGCUAAAUGCUGUCUGCUGCUCCCUGCUGGCGGGGCCCAAAUUCGCCAGCCGGACAGAUGACACCCGCUGCCUGCUGCUCCACCUGUGCCGCGAGGUGGCGGAGGAGGACCCCGAGUUUAUCCUGAAGGUUGCUCUCUACACCAGGCAGGAGCUGAACGUCCGAAGCACGGCCAACUUCCUGCUGGCUGUGGCAGCCUGGCUUCCUGCCGCCCGGCCCCACCUCCGGCGAUACUUCGCCCGGACCAUGCGCCUGCCCUCCGAUUGGAUCGAGGUGGCGAAGGCCUUCCAGAGCCUGGCGGAGUCUGGCAGCAAGUGGCCGCCCUUCCCGUCCUGCCUGCGACAGGGUCUGAGCGAUGCCUUCCUCUCCUUUGACGAGUACCAGUUGGCCAAGUACAACUCCAGGCGGCAGCGCGGCAAGACCCGGAAAGGGGCGAGGGACAAAUGUGUUCCAAACCAGGAUGUUGCCAAGACCAUGCCGUUCACUCUGAAGAAGCUCGUUCAAUGGCUGCAUCUGAAGGAGCCAGCCAAUCAAAUCAUGUGCCUGUUGGGUCGAAGGUACCCUUCGGAUCUGCAAUCGUUCUCCCGCAGCCGUCUGCCUGGGCCCUGGGAUUCCCAGAGAGCCGGGAAGAGGAUGAAGCUGCCAGUCCCGGAGACGUGGGAGAGGGAGCUCUCGCUGCACGGCAACACGGCCAAAGUCUGGGAGCGGCUGAUAGAUAACCAGAAGCUGCCCUUCAUGGCCACCCUUCGUAACCUGCGGAAUAUGAUCACCUGCGGACUGAGUCCGCGUCACCACCGGCUGAUCGUCUCCAGGCUCUCGGACAAGAAAACCGUCAUCCACAGCCGCCAGUUUCCCUUCCGGUUCCUCGCUGCCUUCCGCGUCCUCGCUGAGCUGGGUGAGCGGCUGGAACACAAGGACGACCCCCUGCCGUCGAGGCAGGAGAUGAUACAGCAGGUCUUGGCGUCUAUCCGCCAGCGUCAGUCCCGGAUCCGGGGGGUGAAGGUCCACUCCCGCCCGUCCCAGGCCGCGGCCCGUACCUUCACACCACUCUCCACGCAGGUGACCAGGAAACUCAAGAAGCUGCAGGAGCGCAAGAAUGUUCGGUAUGACCAGAACCUCCUGGAUCAGUACAGGAACGCCCUGGAGAAAGCCAUCGAGAUCUCGGCCACACACAACAUUCCCCCUCUCUCAGGCCGCACCGUCAUCCUGUGUCCUGUCAGUCAGGUGAUGGAGCAGCCCUGCCAGGGGGCACGGGACCUCCUCCUUCCCGGGACCCAGCGACCCGAGAGCGAGACCCGGCCUGGGGCCCCCAAGCUUCUGGAGAUCGCUGUGCUGCUGGGACUGAUGGCCAAGCAUGUCAGUGAGCAUUGUCGCUUGGUCCUGUACGCCGACCGUUCCCACCGGGAAGUGGAAGUGCUCUGCGGAUCCAUCCUCUCCGGAGUGAGCCAGGUCCUCGAGCAGGCCAAGGACAUGGAGGACGAGGACAAGGGGGGUGGCUUCUUCAUGACUGACGGUUCCCACUCUUUCCUCACCGAGUGCAUUCGAGAUCACGUGCAGAUCGACACCCUUCUGGUCCUGUCCUGCAGCUCAGCAGCGGGGGAGAUGGUCCAACUCUACCGUCGCCUUGUCAACUGCAACCUCCUCUUCGUCCAGGUGGAUCUCUCAGCCCGGAGACUGAGUAUCAAUCCUGAGAUCAACAGCUGCAGAAAUGAUGUCACCCUCUUCGGCUACAGUGACCAGAUCUUAAGGUUUCUGUGCGAGCGAGGUUCCUGCCGUCUCCUGGAACACGUGGAGAAGAUCGACGACAUCUUCCGCCUUCCGAAAGCCAGGGAGAGUGUCCGUGUCCUCAAGGAGAUGGAGUCAACUUCGCUCUCCAAUAUUCUCAGGGUUCCAACGCACAGGUGGAGGACUGUCCGGAUCUUCGUCUCCUCCACGUUCCGGGACAUGGCGGGGGAGCGGGACCUGCUGGUGCGCGCCAUCCUCCCUGAGCUGCGCGCUAGGGCUGCUCCCCACCGAAUCCACUUGCAGGAGGUCGACCUGCGCUGGGGCAUCACCGAGGAGCAGAGCCGCAGCAACAGGCAACUGGAGCUUUGCUUGUCUGAGGUUGCCCGCUGCCAGCUCUUCGUGCUGAUCCUGGGCGAGCGUUAUGGACAGACCCUGGACGACUAUUCCUUGCCAGACCUGCCCCAGUUCCAGUGGGUUAAGGACUACCCAAAAGGUCGUUCCAUCACUGAGCUGGAGUUGAUGCAGUUCCUGAGACAGGCCCCGGGAGAUCCCAGACAGACCUGCUUUGUCUACACAAGAGACCCUGCUGUCCUGAGGACAAUUCCAGAGCAGUGGACAUCGGACUUCUCAGCGGAGUCAGAAGGGGCGAAACUCCGGGUAGCUGAGCUGAAGAGGGAGGUGAAGGAGCGGGAUUUGCUGAUCAUGGAGAACUACCGCAGCAAGUGGGGGGGGCUCCUCCACGGGAAGCCCUACCUGGCCGGGCUGGAGGAAUUCGGCGGCAGUGUACUGCGCAAGCUCUGGGAGGCCACGCUCGCUCAACACUGCCAGCAGGGCCAGAGCGACACUGAGGAUGACCAAGACACCCUCCAGGGCAGCUUCCUGGAGGCUCACAGCAGCCAGCUGUUCGGCCGGCGCAAGCAGCUCUCCGCAGCGGCUGCCGAGAUCCUCCAGCAGAGGAAGGGCACCAUCUUCCUCGUCCACGGACGCCCCGGCGAGGGCAAGACCACCUUCCUGGCCGGGCUCGUCGACCAGCUCUCCCGUUCCGAGCCGUCAGACGUCUCGGCGCAGUGCAGCGUCUUCUACCACUUCACCGCGGCCGGUGAGGGGGCGCAGAGCAGCACCGCCUUCCUCCGGCGCGUCUGCCAGCAGCUGGACCCACACUCGGACCGCGACGUUCCUCAGACCCACAGGCCCCUGGUGCUACACUUCCACAACCUGCUGUCGAGCCGCACCAGCUCCCGGCGCCGGCUGAUCCUCCUGCUGGACGGUGCAGACCAGCUACUGGGGGCCGGGGGCUCCCCUUCCUCUGACUGGAUACCCGAGCCUGUCACCCAGGGGGUGACCCUGGUGCUGUCGGUGACGGAAGGAUCCUACCUACACCGGACCCUGGACAAGCACAGGCAGGCGCUGGCCUGCAGCCUCGGGCCGCUGGAGCCGCUGGACAGGGCGCAGGUCGUGCGCGCCAGUCUGGCUCAGUACGGCAAGCGUCUGGCGGAGACGCCCUUCAACAACCAGAUGAGACUGCUGGUGGCGAAGAGGGAGUCACACCAGCCCCUCUACCUCAAGAUGGCCUCGGAGGAUCUCCGCACAUUCGGGGUCUUCGAGAAGGUCUCGGAGAGGAUCCGCGCAAUGCCCUCAACCCUCCGCCAGAUGCUGCAGUGGGUGCUGGGGAGACUGGAGCAGGAAUUUGGAGCAGAGACAGUGACCUUUGCCUUCUGCACUCUCAGCGUCAGCGAGAGAGGCCUGCGUGAGGGCGACCUCUAUUCCACCCUCUGCACCCACAGGAGUCUGCUGAAGGGAGAGGCCUCCCCGAGAUGGGAGGAGGUGAUGCAGGAGACGCUGGCUCCCAGACGACCCAUCGCCAUGGCAACCUUUGCCCGUCUGCUUCGGGGAUUGGCUGCUGUGAGUGGUGUGUGGGGACUGGCUGACAGCUCCGGUUCCGGUUCCCGUCUCCGUCUGGCCGGAUCGUUGCUGCAGGGAGCAGUGGAGCAGCGAUACCUGCGAGAGGGGGACAGGGCCCGGCACGCCCACCUACUACUGGCUGCUCACUUGUGGAGAAUGACCGAUCCGGCUGGGGACAGGAGCUUCACCGACUGUGACCCCGAGGCCCUCACUGACCUGCCACUUCAUCUGGUGGGAUCAGGACAGCAUGUCCUCCUCUCCUCCCUCCUGUCUGACCUCCGUUUCUCCUGGCUGCACCUGCGCCUUGGGAUGUUGCCCCAGCUGGGAGCUGCCUUCGCCCGCUGUGGCUCCGCUGGAGAGGGGACCACAGAGGUGGGGCCGUCCGGCAACUCCCCCAACCGGUCAGAUGUCAGAACUUGCCAGGAUUUUGUGGCCGCCAAUUCGGCCCUCCUGUCCCGCUACCCCCUCCUCUUCUGGCAGCAGGCGUUGAAUCAGGAGGAGGGCUCUCCGGUGGAACGCCAGGCCCAGAAACUGCUGGGGUCCAGCCCGGAGAACCGGCUCACCCCACUGGACUUCCGCCUCAUCUGCUGGGUCAACCGGCCACAGCCGACCCCGUGUGAGGCUCGCAGGGUGACGAAGGUGCCAUCCGUACCGGACUGCGUGGGCGUCUCGGCUGACGGGAAACAGGCAGUGGUGGGCACUGGACAAGGAUCCCUCCAUCUCCUGAACCUGGAGAGUGGCCAGGAGGUGCAGUCACUGGUCAGCGAGGGUGACGGGGUCUCGUGCUGCACUUUCCUGAGCGAGGGCACGCUUUGCACCGCCUCUUUCGAUGGGAAGGUCGAGGUGUGGGACCUCAGCCGAGGCUGCAGGUUGCUGCUGCUCGAGGCCCACUCUGAUCGGAUAUCGGGAUGUGCCGUGUCUCCCGACGGGAAGCGGCUGGCCACCUGUUCCUGGGAUCGGGCACUGAAGGUGUGGGCUGUGCCCAUAGGGACGCUGGACGUUCAGCUGCACUGCCCGUGUCCCCUCAACUGUGUGGCCUUUCGGCCCGAUGGUCAUCUGCUGGCAACGGGGGGCUGGGACCACACCAUCCGCCUCUGGAAGUGGCUGACAGCGGAACCAGUGUGGGUUCUCCACGAACACCAAUCCUCCAUCCGGUCCCUGACCUUCUCCCCAGACGGAGACUUCCUGGUGUCAGCCUCGCUGCAGGGGGACAUCCUGUACUGGUGCCUGAAGUCGGGAUCCGUUGCCGGGGGCUACCAGGCCCAUCGGGGGUCUGUCACCACCCUACGGUUUCUGGACGAAGGUCGCCUGCUCCUCUCCACCGGGGAGGACCAGAAGGUUCGGGUCUGGUCGGGCAUGCUGGGACGGAGGAACGGGGAGAUGGGCGCAAAGGGGGACGACCCUGCCCUCUGCUUGUCCGUCAGUGAGAACGGGGGAGCUGUCGCAGUGGGCUACCACAGCGGCUGGACCAAGAUCUUUGACCUUGGAACAGCCUCAGGGAAGCAAGUGGCAGAGUGCGAGGGCUCAGGGCUGCCCAUCCGAUGCCUACAGUGGUUGAGCGGUGAGGACGUCCUGGCAGCGGGAGGAGAUGACUGCCUGCUGCGGGUAUGGGGGCUGGCAGAUGGGACGGCCAACCGUCUCCGGACAGGCCGGGGCCACUCGGGACCCCUCUUCGCUUUGGGACGGUCCAGCCAGCUUCUGGCGUCUGUCUCCGCGGACUGCAGGCUGCUCCUUUGGACACUAGACCACCUGACGGAAGGGGAGGAGGAGGUGUCCCCCACCUACGUGCUGAGAUCCCACACGGAUGCAGUCACCUGCUGCUCCUUCAGCCCCCAGGGCCACCGAUUGGUGACGGGCAGUCGGGACAAGAGCCUGUUGUUCUGGGACCUGCGGGGAGAGGACAUGGUCUCCCCUCGCUGCCAGAGGUCGGCGCACAGAGACUGGGUGACUGGCUGCUGCUGGGGCCCUCAGUAUGUGGCUUCCUGCUCCAACGAUGGGCUGAUUCGGAUGUGGAAUCCGGAAUCCAUCGAGUGCAUCGGGGAAGUAAAGGGACCCUCCUCGUCCCUCACUGGGGUUCACAUCACGGACGAGUUGCUCCUGUCAGUGACUGGAACAGGUGACCUGCUUGUAUGGAAGAACUCUCGUGUCGCUGUGACCUCCAUCCCCGCCCACACCUGCUGCGUCAAUGCUUUGGCGACCUAUCGGAAAGUGGACUCGACAGAAGGAACUGAUGGAGCGCGAGGUGACGAGUGUCGUGUCCAGGUCUUAACAGCAGCAGAUGACGGACUUGUUCGGCGCUGGGACCCACUGCUGCCUGAAGAGGUGGCCACCCUCACUGGGCACGGGGCGGUGGUCAGAGGAGCAGCCGCUGAGAACCACCUCCCUUUCUUCCUCACUGUGGCUGAGGACCAGACCCUCAGGGUGUGGGACGUCCCGUCCGGACAAGGUGUCUGUCGCUCCUCGACUCACCGCUCCGCCGUCACUGCUCUCGGCUGCUCCCCUUCCGGCCGGUUCCUGCUGUCUGGAAGCAUGUCCGGAGAGGUCGCCCUGUGGGAGUCGGGAAAGGUCCAACUUGUCUUUCAGGCCCACCAGAAGCAGAUCUCAGCCAUCACUUUCCUCUCAGACCAAGAGUUUGCAGUGGGAUCGUACGACGGGCACGUCUCAACCUGGCUGGUGACUCUGGACUCGCAGACUCCCUCUGUGCGAGUGAAUUCCCAGUCCUCCAUCAGCCUCCCCUCACCCGUCUGCUGCCUUGCCUGGAUGGGCAAACGGAAACUCCUCAUCUCGGACCUGGGAUGCUCCCUCCGUACCUGGGAGCCAGGGGUCAGGAAGAAGACGGCACAAAUGGGAUUCUCCCACCUCCAAGCCACGAGGCUGCUGGAACGCACCGACGGAUCCGUGCUGGUUCUGGAGGGGAUCGAAAGCAGCACAGUCUUCAUCGCCAAGCCGCGGGAGGCCCCCAUGGGAGAGGACCCGCCGUCACAAGAGGAGGAGGACAGCAAGCGGAGUGAGGAAUGGAGGAACGGAGCAAAUAGCGAGGAGGAGGGGAGCGAGGGGGAGGAAUCUGAGAAGAGUGCGGAGAGCAAGGGCAAUGAGUCGGACCCUGAAGAGGGGGAGGUGGAGCUGAAGAAUUUGUUUUGCUCGCUCCCUGUCCACGCUCCGGGCGACAAGACUGCGGACACAACAGCGUGGGUCACCGCCAUCAAGGAGUCAGGGAUGAAACCCGGAACAGACUGCUACCUGUUCCACACACUCUCGGCUGGGAGCCUGUGGCGUCAUUCCUGGGACCUGAAAACAUUCUUCAGAAGCUCGGAUGAAGAGCCAGAGUCAUUGGGCUUGUGGCUAGAUCCCCAGAACGGCACCUACAAACAGGUUCACUCCGACCGAGUGACUGCUCUUUCGGAGACGGAGAAUGUAAUCGCGACAGCCUCCUAUGACCAGACUGUGCGGCUGUGGGACCGGGACACCCUGAAGCAGGUUGGCCUCUUCCUCUGUUGCUCCCCGGUCCUGUGCCUGGUAUCAAACCCUGCCUGCCCAGGGCAGCUGAUCUGCGGAGACAAUUUGGGGAACGUUUACUUCCUUAGUUGGCGCCCUCCUCUUCAGCAGCCAUGAAUUGCAGUGGCGGGGGGUGGGAACCUGUCCAGGACCAGCCUCACUGCUACGAUCCGAGAGAAGUCCAAGCAUUAGGCAGGGCUGCAGGCCAAGGCAGAGACCUUCAGGUGGAUGUCACCACCACACAGGCUCUUGUUAAAGGGGGAUUCUCUCCCUUUCAGGCACCCCUGUCAGGGCAAAGUAUCUUUAUCAGUGACCCUUGUUAAAGGGAAGCUUCCUCUCAAUCUAGGAUGCCAAUUAAAGAGGGAUCUCACAUCAUCAGAGACCCCCUUUGAAGACCCCCUCUUUCCACUGGAGACCCUUCAAAAAGGAGGAAGUCUCUCUGCAACAGGGGCCCCUGUUGAAGAGAAAGUCCCUCUCAAUGCAGGGUCCCUGUUUGGGGGGGGGGGUGGGGAGGAGAAUCAUCUGGGAUCUCUGUUAAAAGUCCAUCAGGGACCUCUGUUGGAACACUCCCUCUGGUCAGAGGGGUGCUCUGACCAGCUGUCUCAGCAGCACUACGUUGACAUGCGCUUGGUAAUGAUGGCUAGGCUAACUCGCUGUGUCACCCAGACAGUGGAGCUACCCGUUUGCUUCUUUUUUCUCUCUUCCCCACUCCAUCCCCAGGAACAGCUGGUGCCAGGACCGGCAAUGUUGAUCAGACUGUGAUAGCGGAAACCCCAGCAGGAAAGAGCAAAAUAAAAAUGCAUUAAACCACGUCA